GCCGGGGCUUCCGUGUGCGGCCUGUGCCGGCGGCGCGGCGGGCAUGGGGCGGCGCGGCGGGGCUCCCUGGGCCCUGGCGGUGCUGGUGCUGCUGGCAGCGGCUUGUCUCCCGGGUGUAUGUGGUGAUGAAUUUAGCAUCUUACGAUCACCUCAGUCCGUUGUUUUUCGGGAUGGAAGUUGGCCCAUUCCUGGUGAGCGGAUUCCAGAUGUAGCUGCGUUAUCCAUGGGCUUUUCUGUUGAAGAGGAGCUUUCGUGGCCUGGGCUUGCAGUGGGUGAUCUGUUUCACAGACCACGAGCUACUGUGCUGGUCACAGUGAAAGGAGUAGACAAUCUGACGUUACCGGUUAAAGGGAUUUCUUACCCUAUUGAGAAUGCUGUUCCUUUCAGUCUUGACAGUGUUGCAAACGCUAUUCAUUCUUUGUUCUCUGAGGAAACUCCCGUGGUCUUGCAGCUGGCCCCCAGUGAGGAAAGAGUGUACAUGGUGGGCAAGGCAAACUCUGUGUUUGAAGACCUUUCUGUCACGCUGCGCCAACUGCGAAGCCGCUUAUUUCAGGACAACUCCAUUCUCAGCUCCCUUCCUCUCAACUCCCUCAGCAGAAACAAUGAGGUGGACUUGCUUUUCCUGUCAGAGCUACAAGUCCUACAUGACAUUGCAAGCCUGCUGUCUCGACACAAACAUUUAGCCAAAGAUCACUCUCCAGACCUGUAUUCUCUGGAAUUGGCUGGUUUGGAGGAGAUUGGAAAACGAUAUGGAGAAGACUCUCAGCAGUUCAAAGAUGCUUCUCAAAUUCUUGUGGACUCCUUGCAAAAGUUUGCAGAUGAGAUGUUUAAUCUGUACAGUGGGAAUGCAGUAGUAGAAGUGGUGGCUGUAAAGGCAUUUAAUUCUCCCCUCGUGAGGAAGACUCGCUCCAUUCUCCAGUCUUCACAGAGUGAAACAGACAAUCCAUAUAACCUUGCCUAUCCCUACAACUACAACUACUCUGUAAUUUUCAACAUUAUUCUGUGGAUGAUGAUAGGUCUUGCUUUAGCUGUGAUAGUUAUCUCCUACAAUCUCUGGAACAUGGAUCCUGGCUAUGACAGCAUUAUUUAUAGGAUGACAAAUCAGAAGAUAAGGAUGGAUUGAACUACACUGUAUUUCAGCACAAGGAAAUGAUGAAGAGUAAGAUCUCCUUUCAACUGUGUGGGAAACUAAUAUUCUGACAUGGUUAAUUGUGGAAUUUUUUUAAAGGUAUAUUUAUUUCUAAGUUUGUUUGCCUUUUUCCUUGAAGCCUGUUUUAAAUGUUAGUAGUAGCACCAGAUGGAAUAUAGAAGUUGCAACCUGCUUGUUUAUAAAAAAAAACCAAACAAAACCAGUCCCCAAACUAGUUGUUAAUGAAGUAACAUCAUUCCAUUUUUUUAUCAUGUAACAUGAGUUUUUGAAAUGCCCUGUAUUGCCCGUGGCUAUGUGCAAGACAGAGAAAUUGAAAUUACAGUAGCAACAUGUUGUUUGAAACUUCUACACUGGAAGAUUAGAAAUUAUAGCUCCAUUGUUAUGCUGUAUAUUAUGAACCAGUUGUACAUGUUUGAUGUAAAUAUUUAUGAUGGCUAUAUGUAUCUUCAGAGAGGGUAGUAAUUAUACUUUAAUAACAAACUAAGUACAGAAAUAUUUCUACGAGACUACAAUUCUAGUGGAAUGGGUAGCAUUUUGAUCUCAUGUUGAUGGCUCAGAUGAAAGCUGUAGACAGAAGGAUCCUUCUUUGUCUAGAACUCUGAUUUGGAGGUGAAAAACACUAGUGUGGCUGGUCUGUAUAGUGGAGAGUCUAUAAAUAAUGAAAUAGCACCAGUCUGAUCAUGAUCUGUUGUCACGUACAGUUGAAAGUUCCUGCUACGAUGCUUCAUAUUCCUUCCAUUUGUAUCGAUGUCGUUAAAGAAAACUCAAAUCAAUUAUUUUUAAGAGUGGACCAACACUUGAUUUAAAUGUACCUGGAUUAUAGUACUGCUUCAACAAUUCAAUAAAACAAAUAACAGUUGUUCUGAAA